UAUGUCUUUGAUAGCAUAACAAAUAAUAAUAAAUAAUGAACUAGAACCACAAUAAGCAUCGUUAAUAUUUUAAUCCAUGAUAAAAAAAAACAGUGAGUAAAGUUUUACCUGUUGACCCACCAUGCAGAAUUACGAAUUUGAUUUUCAAGAACGAAUAAACAUCACCAAUUUUUCAAAAAUAUGUAGAAUAUGCUUACUUGAAAAAAGCCACUUGAUAUCAAUAUUCACGCAAGGACUUGAAAAUAGUUUACUAGAACAUGGAGCUAUUACGGUAAAACAAGGGGAUGGAUUUCCUCAGUCUAUGUGCAGAGAAUGUCACAAUGAAUUGAUCAUAGCAGAAAUUUUUAAGCAAAAAUGUUGUAAAUCAGACUUAAUAUUGAGAGGCUCCUUAGUUAAUAUGGAAAAAGAAAGUGAGAAAAAUGUAUUUUCUCUUGAAGAACAGCACACAGAAUGUAAUAACAUUAAGAAGGAUCACUCUUACAGUGUAAAAAAUGAAGAUGAUGUUAGUAACUGUGUGCAAUCUGUAUCAAAAAUAAAAGUAUCUAAAAAUAAAAAAGAUCAGUGUAAAUUAUGCAAAGAGUCAUUAAGUGAUUUAAACGUGGAAAAAUUAGAUAAGAAAUCAUUCCAUCAUGCAAACCCAAACACAUGCUGUUCUUGUUGUAAAAAGUUUAGAGAGCUGAAGGAGUUAAAACGACAUACUCGUGUUCACAAAUUAAAAAAGACAUACAUUUGUGAAACUUGUGGAAAGGGAUUUUAUGGGAUUACAGACUUAACAAUUCAUAGCAGAGUUCAUACAGGAGAAAAACCACAUGAAUGCAAGACAUGUUCAAAAAUGUUUGCAGAUCCUAGAGCCCUAAAGUGUCACAUAAGAAGACAUACUGGCGUAAAACCAUAUAGUUGUGAAGUGUGCAAUAAACGUUUUGCUCAUUCCUUCGUUCUUUCUACCCAUAAGAGAACUCACACAGCUGAGAGACCGUACAUGUGCCCAAGCUGCGGGAAAACGUUCAUCUAUGCUAAUAAUCUAGCAAUUCACAUACGCACUCAUACUGGGGAAAGACCCUAUCAGUGCAGCUCCUGUUCUAAACGUUUUAUGUCACGCUCUUCUCUUUCAGCGCACAUGCUCACACACACCGGCGAAAAAAGAUUUAGAUGUAACGUAUGUGGAAAACAAACUGCCAGAUCAGGAGACCUAACCAUUCAUAUGCGAACACACACUGGAGAACGACCAUAUCAAUGUAAUAUUUGUUCAAAACGAUACAUAAUGUCUUGUCAUUUAAGGGCUCAUAUGAAAAUACAUACCGGUUAAUUACUACCUACUACUUUAUAAACAUAUGCGAAAUUAAUUGUUGUAAUUGUAUUUUAGAAGAUAAGCACUAUAUGAAAUAGAGGCUUUUCUCACCGUAGGUGUACAAAUUCACAUGUUAAAUAAUAAAAAAAAAAGAAAUAGCUUCUUUAACAGUUGUGAUAAAUGUUUUAGAUUCUUAAAUACUUAAUAGCAUAAUUAUGAAACGUGAAAUCUUUAUAAGGUGAUCUUUAUUAAGACAGUCUAUUAUGUAAAUAUGUAUGUAUGUGCCAUGAUAUAAAUACACUAAUUAAAAAAAAACAGUUACAAAUUUUUCAUUAUUAACUAGUUUAAUACAUUUCACUUAUCGUUUAUAAGUCCUUUACAUAUUAUACAGAUACUUAAUAAAAUUAUAUUUUAAUUAUAGUAAGACCAAUAUGUGAUACAUAUAGUAGAUUUAAUUAUUGUACGGAAAAGUGAGAAUAGUGAACAAACAAGGCAUUGAUGAUACUAAUAAUUAACUAAUAUUUUAAAUUUAGUUUAGCUUUAUGUUACUUCUAAAUUGUAGCAGCUCAAGCAGGGUCUGUACCCCCUAUGUGGUCUAUUUAGUUGUAAAUGAAUAAUAUAUACGUACAUCAUGGAAAUACACAAUUUCAGAAGAUAAGUUAA